ACGUUGUGUCUUCGCUGUGGGGGCGAUGGUAGCCCAAGGCGCACGUAUCUAAAUUCGUCUCAUUUGCGAAAGCACUUGAAUUAGUUUUACUAGCCCUAAGAAUAUGGGAACAAAAAUUUUGAUUAUGAGACAAUGUGGGGGGGGGGGGGGGUGGUUCGACAAAAUGAUUCACCUACACACCUAUAUAUUCCCAUUUGAGUGGGAAGAAAUGGUCGGUAGCACAUGGAUUAAUUUUGUAGUCAUCGAUGUGCAUUUGUUGCCCGUGUGUGAAAUUAUUGAAUACUGAACAAAAUUUGGUAAAAAUUUAUGUUUCAACUCGUAACAGAAAGUCCGGUUUCAUACACGAGGCAAGAUAUGCAAUUGCUAAAAUAAAUCUGUUCAAUUUCCGUGUUUCUUGACAUGUUGUCGUGAGAGGGCUGCGAUUCGGUUUUUAGUUGUCUCUGAUCUUACACGCCCCAUCGUACUUGUUGCAACCCUGUAGGUUAUCGGCGGAGGGUAGACAUUGUUGGUAGAUUUUGAUACCUGUGGCCGUGUUGUGUGAAUGUGUGGCUACGCGAACUGCAUAAACGAGUGAAAAUGUUAGUUCAAUACGUGUAGCCACUUACGUGUUUAUAUACAAUUAUGUUGAGAAAGCAGAACUGCGGAGGGUGGUAAUAAUACUUAGUGUAUGUUACCAAUGUACGAUUUAAGCAUUUUACGACGACUGAUGACAAUGUUAUUAAAUUAUCGGACUUCAUUAUGCCAGUGUUAAUUAUGUACUGCUGCAGUUAUUGUUGAAAUUAUAGUGCAUCCACGUAUAAAUACUAUUUGUGCCGCGUUGUAUCGUACCAAUAAAAUCUUUUAAGCUGCAUGCAGUGUUAAAAGAUGGAUUUGGGAGACUACGGAUUGUGCCCAGUCUGCCUUGAGAAUGGAGUCACCACUAAAUUACUUUUUUUCCAUCUGAACUUAUCAGAGGCAUGCUUAAUGUGCCCGGAUCCAAAAUGCCCUUAUCCACUGGUAGAGAAUGGCGUGGAAGUAAUUGUUCAAACAGGGAGGGAGAAUCCAGCUUCAGAUGUAGAUUUUCUUGCCUCAUGUGGCUCUGCCUCAGCCAUUACUCCUCGUGGUCCACGAUUACUGGAAAAUUCAGAAAAUGCCUCGAGAGAUGGAGCAGCUACAAGGAAUGCUGAUGUGUUUGACAUUGAAGGAUUGGAUCUUGGCUCUUUAGACUUUGAGGAACAAGAACUUAUUAAAAUGAUACAAUCAUUAGAAGUUGCUUGUGCAACUGCAGAUGAAGAACUAAUGAGCUGCAGGAACGCAGGAAAAACUCAAAGUAAUCAGAAAAUACAAGUAAAUGUAUCUUCAGCACCACAAUACUUUGAAGCACAAUCCUUCGACAAACUUAAUACACCAGAUCUAGGCUCAGAACAGCCCACCACCAAGGUGGUAGGUAAUAACAAAUUACCAGUGUGUUCUGGGGAGCAAGACUUGGAGAAAAUAAAACAAACUGAUAUCAGCCCAGAACAGCUGCAGCCAUCUGUCAAUGCUAUGGAAAGUGUUUUACUGCAUAACAACCAUGUGGAGAACAAAGCCGCACUGUCUUGUGGUGCCCAGAAUUGUGGAAAAUCAAGACAGCCAAAUGUUGGAACUGCACAGCAUACUUGUAAAUUACCUGAGGAGCCAGUAUCAACUAGCUGUCUCACUGAAGCUAAAGAUUUGUGUUCUGAUCGGAUCACAUUGGAAGAACUUCUUGGAAAUGAUUUUGAGAAAUUUUUGAAUGAUUUAAAUGUAGGUGAUUUCCAAGAUGUUAUCUCAUUUGAUCAACAACCAGAGGAGGUCUUGUUGGAAUGCUUAGAGAUCCGCAAGGGUGAUGAUUCAGAAGUACAAGAUAAAGAAGUGAUGGAGAAAGAUUUAAGCAGCAGUCUGCAUGACCUUGAUGCUGUUGAGGAUGAAUCAGAUGUUGCAGACAUUGAUGACAUAAUAUCAGAAAAGCUUAAUGCAAAAUACAAGUGUGAUGAAAUUAGUCCUGAUUUUGAUUUAGAACACGUGCUGCAUUUUAAGUGUGGUAAAAAACAAGAAUCUAGUGUUUCAGAUUUCCAGGCUGAAUCACUGUCUGAACAAAGUAUUGAGCAGAAACUUGAGACAGUAAGACGACAAAAAGAACUUUUGUUAUCUUCUAAGCCAUGGAAUAAAUGUUUAUAUGGUGCUCCAGAUGCUUGUAAAAAUUUGAACUUUGCUACAUGUGGCAGUCACAGCAUAUCACAAAACACUCAGGCUUUGCUUUGUGAAAACAAAAGUCAACAUCCAGGGUAUACAACUGCUGAAUUUAAUGGGGCACAUGUUUUCAAAAAUGCCUCAAGAACAAAUGUUUCUAGUGACAGCUUUCUGUCACAGAACCUACAGAGAAGACCCAGUGAGAGAGAACAUAAGCUGUCACGUGGUACAGAUGUGAAAGACAUAUUUCGUAACACACUGAAUGCUAAUUAUACAAAAGCAAAGAGAAUUCCCAUGGCUCGAGCAACAGGAAGUGCAGCUAGUAAAGAUAAUGGUUCAAAUUCGAGCACAAAGGACUCACGAAGCAGUGCUACUCCACGAAUGGAGCAGAAAGAAACUUCAGCUGUUGCAAAUCUUCUGAAUUUGCUUAUAAAAACGUCGUGUGCAGAUUAUAAUGGUGAUAAAACUGAUGAAUUGGAAGCUGUAGAAGCUCAGUUACUAUCUCAUUUUAAAAAGGCUCCCAUAACCUAUUGCAGACUGAACACCAUAAAAGCAGCUUGUAAGCAUGCUGCUAGUGUCGCUGCAGAAGGUAAACUAGCAUCUAGAACUAAUACAGAUAUAUCUGCUGAGAACAUUUUACAGCCUUUGCAAAAGUCUGAAUACAAUCAGGCUACCACAUCCUCAUUUAACAGUGUUAAACCAACCAGAAAUGGCAAAACACAUGGUAGAUCAACAAGAGGGCAGCUGUUUGCACAGACACAGAAUCUGUUUAGAGAAAUGGAUGAAAAAAGAGCAUUGAAAUCAAAAUGUUAUACACAAGGUAACUGCAGCAAAACUCGCAAAGAAAAUAAAAUAUAUCCAAAUCCAUUUUACCAAGAAGGAAGAGAGAACAAUUCAGGUAAAGGAAGUAAAUGCAGUCAGUGUGGAAAAGCAAAACGCCCACCUGGGGUUCUUCUGAAGAACCAUUAUCCAGCUCUUAACAGUUACAAAUUUUGCUAUAGCAGUGCCACAGAAAAUGUUACAAACAAUGUUCCACUUUCUUCCAAGAAAUCUGAUUGUGAUCAGGCACCUUCUUCACUCACUUUGAAAACUGUUACACCUUCUAGUUCAUCGUAUAAAGUAGCAAAAGAUAAAAGCACUAUGACAGAAAUGGACGACCAAAUUAAAGCUUUUAAGUCAGGUAGCUGCAGCACAAGUAAAAAUCAAAAGGAGGGUGAAACGAAAUCCCCUGUUAACAUAUGUAAACUGGGAGGAAAGGGUCCUUUAAAUGGCAAAGGGGGCAAAUGCUGUCAGCCAGGAAAAGUAAAAAGCCCAUCUGAUGCUUGUUCAGCACCCAUUAACAAACAAGGUUUCGAUCCUAACAACAGUACAGAAAAUAUCUCUAACAGUGUUUCGCAGGCCUCACGGAAGUCAGAAACCAGCCAAGUACCUACUACAUGCUCAGUUAAAACUAGUAAAACAUUAAGUAAAUCCUGCAAAGCCACAAAAGAGAAAAGUACAAUGGCUAAUGAAAAGAAAGUGCCAAAAUCAGAUAAUAAUAUCAAAGGCACAUCUCAUGACAGGUGUGAAGAAACUACUGAUAAAUUUCAUGAAGAUGUUAACUCGCUGUGUGCUAAACAUGCUGCAGCUGUUGAACUAAACAAAGGUUGCCAACAGGGGAAAGUGAAAGGAGCAGUAGUUCUUCAGAAAAAUAGUUCUCAAAUUGUUGACAAUGGAACAAAUAAAGGUAGUCCAAAGAAAGGACAGAAAACUGUGGUUGGCCCCAAAGGUGUCAACUUUCACAAAGAAAUGAAGGGUGCACCACAGGCAAUAUCAACUUCAGAUGUAGGAAUAAGCUCACAAGGAAAUGGGAAAUGCUUCAUUACUGGCAAUGAGACUACUGUGGGAAACACAGGUGAUAGCAAACAGCGUACUGAAAAUGAAGUUCCUUCAGUUUCUUCGCAGGAUAUAUCCACUGACAUCAAUAAAGGAGGAAGUGUGCCAAACAAAAAACUGAAUUCAGCAGGUAGUACCAAACGCACAAGCAGGGCUAGAAGAAGAAAGACUAAGGAAGAAAGUAAAGGUCAAGAAGUGACUGCACAGUGAAUCUAUUUUGGGUACAUUUGGUAUUCCAAAGUAGCCAAAGAUCAAUGAAAAUUUGACAGACAAGGAAACGUAGGACUACAUUUGUUCAUCGUUGAGUACUAAUGAAGAACUAAAAAGGAAAAUAAACUGUCUGCUCCUACUUGAAACUUGGUAUUUUUGGUGCUACACAUUUGGCUGGAGAGUGUUGGAAUUGUAGCUGUAGCCAUAUGCUGUGAUUGGAGAGAUUGGGUAAGAGUGUGAAUGUGAAUUUUACAAGUUACUUUAAGUGUAAUUUCACAGGCAGUAGACCAUGGAAACAUGUAGCCACCCAGUUAUAAGCUUUUUAAUUAUUCUUUUUGAAAGAUGUGUGUGGCUUAAGUAUUUGGUAGCACAGAGCAUGAAGAGGAAGGCUGAUAUUCUUAGAAAUGAGCAGUGCAGUAGUAGUUUGUGGCACAGUUAUGAGUAAUGACAUUAAGUAAAUGAAUCUAACGUAACAAAUGUUGACGUCUUUUUGUGGGAAAAAAAAUUCUGAACUUGCAAAUCUCGCGUAGUGGUUUUGAGUGUCUGGAAAGUGGACCUAUUUUAAGUUCCCACAGGAUUAGAAGUGGUUGUGUGUGUGUGUGUGUGUGUGUGUGUGUGUGUGUGUGUGUGUGUGUGUGUUUGUGUGUGUGUAAGAUAUUCUUAAGACUAAAACAUUGGUUAAAUAUUAUUUUAACCAACUAUAAUUGGGAGACUGCUAAUUAUUGAUAAAACUGAUUUGUAGCAUAUGUUACCCUGAAUUGUGACUUCAUAUUAAUAACCCACUGUUCAAUAUUUUGGAUUCUUUGUUGCUGCUUCUUUAUAUCUCUGUGCUCUCUUCUGUUGUGGAAACAAUCUUUCACCAUUGUCAGCUGUCACAAAGCAUGAAAGAAAAUUUACUAACAUCAAAUCCACAGGGAUGCAGAUAUGUUGGCUAGCACUUAUCUUCAUGAGGCAUAACUCUCAGCACCCUUGUCACAUGAAAAUAGUGUUUCUUAGCUGUCACAACCACAGAUUCCUUCUUCAGUGUAGGGAAGAAGAAAUAGUUGGAGCUAGAAGAGUGGGUAGGUAUAAAUAAGAAUGAAGGUUGAGAGACAGACCUACCCCAGAGAAAGGGAGGCAAAGAUGAAGAACCAUAUGUCGGAAAGGGGGACUGAUGAUAUUAACAAUAGACAUUGUGCUACCUUCAGUUUAGUUAUGAGACAAGGGAAUGAUGGUGUCAUAAGUAAAGGUGAAUAGAGAUGAGAAAAGAAAAUCAGCAGGUGAUAGAAAAAAAGAGUAAAAUAGGGCUGGGAAGGAGAGAAAUCAGAUUUAAAAAUUUUAAUAAGCACUAAUGGAGGAGGGAGAGGUGGUAGUGUGAAAGAGUGUGUUUCAGAGCAAUUUUUUAUUCCAGACUUCAUUAAAAUUGGUGUUGAGUGAGGAGAUCCAAAUGGCCGAUGCUAUAAAAGAGCCGGUAGGGUAUCCUGAGUCGUGUAGUAAAGUAAGAUUAAAAGACACGAAUACACUCAGGCAAACAGUUUGCCUUGGAGGCGUUCAGCACUGAAUUACUGAGUAAGCAAGAUUCUUGGUGACCUAUCCCCCCCCCCCCCCCCCCCCCAACAAUGCUCUUUUUCUGCAUUUGAGCAAGGAGUACUGUCAUGAUUAAUGUUUGUACCUCUCUUGUAACUGCUUUAGGAGUUGAGCCUCCUAAAGGUAAGUACUGCUUACACCAUCUGUCACUCCUGAAUGGAAUUUUUCUUCUUAUACCAUUAGGCAUUACCCAAAAAAUUCAGCCUGUCAACUGUUAACUUUAAAAUACAACUCAUUGCUUAAUGAGACAUGCAUUUUUACAUCCCUUUGUUUGUAGCACUCUUCACUAACUGUGUUAGCAGCUUUUAAUGAUUGGAAUGGGAUCUUAUCAUUUUUAUGGAUGAACACAUUUUCUUGAUUUCUUUACCUAAACAUGUUCACCGUGUGUGUGGUGACUGGGGUGAAUUUUUAUUUUAUUUUCUAUAAUAAAGUUGAAAUAUGAAUAAGAGAGAUAGAAAGACAAGGCACUACUUAUUUUAGGGAUGUACAACUCCUAUUAUUCUCAACUGAAAUUUACAAAACUAGAGGACAGCACUCCUAGCUUUAGGAAAUAGAUGUUCGUUCUGGCAGGAAAAAGUUAUUCAUUUGGUGGGAGGUUUGGUAUGGUGGAGGGGGGGGUGGAUAUGUCACUCGCAACAUACACUAAGAGGAAUGCAGCCUAUAUAAUGACGUUCAAAUCCCUGUUCGGCCAUCCAGAUUUAGUAAAGAUUAUGGCUGAUUUUCUUCCGUAAUCUGAGUUUGUGCUACAUCUGAUGAUAUAGUUGACAGGUUGUUCAACAGUAAUCUUCCUUCCUAGCUUCCAUUUUUGUGUGAUGAAAAAGUGAGGGAAAAGGUGGGCAAGUGGCCAAAGAUGGUACACUAGUAAUUGCUGUUCCAGCUUAAGUUCAGAGAUGAGGUAAGUUAUGGAUAGUGGAAAAUUAAGCUGGAUUAGGAGAGGAAAUAAUGAGAAUUGAAAAGAGUAUUAUGAUCUAGAAUAGGAAGACAUGACCACAUAGAAGCUGCAGUGUGGCUACAUAGUCAGUGACUACUUAUUCAGUGAUUAGUUCAUGUCAUAUGAUCCUCUGUGUGUCCACCAGUCAUACUGGAUUACUAGGGCAAGCCAUUGCACAUGUUAUUACUGAACUGUGCCAGUGGCGGCAGUAUGUUUAUAAAUGCUUGUGAUGUUUGAAGAUUCAUGGCAUGUAAUGACAAAGGCUCAUCCUACAAAGCCAGCAUGACUGAUUAUAUUUAACAUAUGAUGUUCAAGCUAUCAAAACUAGUCAUUGAAUGGAUGGUUGUAUAGCAGCUUCUUAGCAGCCAUGUCAUUCUGGAAACAUCCCCCAGGCUGUGGCUAAGCCAUGUCUCCGCUACAUCCUUUCUUUCAGGAGUGCUAGUUCUGCAAGAUUCGCAGAAGAGCUUCUGUAAAGUUUGGAAGGUAGGAGACGAGGAACUGGCAGAAGUAAAGCUGUGAGUACCGGGCGUGAGUCGUGCUUCGGUAGCUCAGUUGGUAGAGCACUUGCCCGCGAAAGGCAAAGGUCCCGAGUUCGAGUCUCGGUCGGGCACACAGUUUUAAUCUGCCAGGAAGUUUCAUAUCAGCCAUGUCUUUCUUUUUCAAAUACUCUGAAGCUGUGGAGCACCACUUACACAAAGUAAUUCAAACUAUUUUUGGUCAUGUCAUCAGUUGUCUGACUGAUCUGAUGUGGCCUGCCAUGACAUUAUCUCUGUGACAGCCUCUUAAUCUCAAAGUAGCACUUAUACCCAAAUUCUUCAAUUAUUUGUUAAGAUAUUCAAAUCACAACCUUCCUCUACAGUUUUUACCCUCUCCAGCUCCCUGUAGUACCAUGGAAGUUAUCCCCAGGUAUCUUAACACAUGCCUUAUCGUGCUUCCUU